CGACGCCCUACCGCUCACUCAGAAUUGUUUAGCCUUCUUAUAGAAAGUCCCUUCAAAUUGCAGCCGUGUAUUCAGCUGGGUAUGUUAUCGGAGCAGGAUGUAACAGAGGGUGUUCUUCUGGGACUUGAACCAAGGACCCCCUGAUGAAUCCACAUCCUAGCUUUCGUGGCUGCCUGUGGACUCUAGGCCCCGUGGUGCUGCAACCAUCAGCAAUCUGACAUAGAUACCUUUGUACAGCUCAGCAAUUAAAGAUCUGUGUGUGUGUGUGUGUGUGUGUGUGUGUGUGUAUAAAGUAGACCUAGACCUUUAUACUUUGGUGCAUUUUUCAUAUCCGAUCUCGACACAUAUACCUUAUUUGCACAGAAAGGCUGUUUUUAAAGGUAUGUUUUAAACAAAUGUCCUGUCCAAGCAUACCACUUGUAUUAAAAUGGAUGUGAGGGGGAUAUGGGGCUCUCGCAGGAACAAACAGGCGUGCUCACUCACUAAAGUGUUCACUCAAAAACACUUUAAUACAAAAUGACCUCGCAUUGACAUCAAUCGAAAACAAUGUAAAAUAACCUCAUACUACAUGGGAUAUAGAAUAGCAUGCAUCAUACGAACAAGUAUAUAUAGAAAAGAAACAAUAAAAUAUAGAAAAUGCGAAUUAUUAUCACGAGCGGUGAUGAUUAAUCCCCAUGAUCAAUGAAAUGCAUAAGGAGCUGCAAAGCUAUUCACACUCGGACGUGCCCUCAUCACCCACCUUCACACUGGGACGCGCCCUCAUCACCCACCUUCACACUGGGACGCGCCCUCAUCACCCACCUUCACACUGGGACGCGCCCUCAUCACCCACCUUCACACUGGGACGCGCCCUCAUCACCCACCUUCACACUGGGACGCGCCCUCAUCACCCACCUUCACACUCGGACGCGCCCUCAUCACCCACCUUCACACUGGGACGCGCCCUCAUCACCCACCUUCACACUGGGACGCGCCCUCAUCACCCACCUUCACACUGGGACGCGCCCUCAUCACCCACCUUCACACUGGGACGCGCCCUCAUCACCCACCUUCACACUGGGACGCGCCCUCAUCACCCACCUUCACACUGGGACGCGCCCUCAUCACCCACCUUCACACUGGGACGCGCCCUCAUCACCCACCUUCACACACGGACUGGGGAGCCCUUUCAGUGCUGGCAGGAGACCAACACGUGAGUCCCGAGAAAGUGGCGGGCGAUGCGCGCUCUAUCCCACAGCUGAUCUCAGGUCAGUAUUGGGAUGUCCCCCUUCCUUUACACUAAAUUGGGUGCUGCGUGUGGACAGGGGACGAGCUGGCCAGGCUCACCCCUUCCCCUCAGGCGAUAUGUUCUCCAAUUCCCCCUUUUGUCCGAGUGAUGCAACUUGCGAUAACAUAGUAAAAUAGGCAUCCUAGCAUAAAGCGUCCUCCCUGUCCCCCUGAAAGCAAUAUAAGGUGCUGUGUAACGACCCUCCCCUGAUUCCCGAGACCAAGGUAAGCAUUCUGCAUGUCGAUCUAAUGGACUAGAUAAGCAUCCUGGCUUUUUUUAUGAGACUAAAGGUAUUUAUGACAAAAUAGGUUUUACAGGUGAUCGGUAAAGAAUAACAUGUUUGUGCAGUUCAGUAAUAUUCAGCCUGAAUCAUGGACGAUUUAUCUGAAUUUCAGGAUGAUUAGUCCAUUCACGUUCAGAAUUAAUCCACAAUCACAACUUCCCAGAAUAUUACAGUAGAAGGAUUAAUUCCAUGCCACGUGGGCGACGUAGUCAUGGUAAUACACCACUGCACACUGGCUGUCACCUUCCGCCACUCUGUGAUCGGUGCCAGUGCAGAGGGGCAGCACUCCGUCCUCCAGCGUGACACACUGCACCUCUGGUCACACAUGCAUGCCAGGGAGCAGUGAAGGCUUCGCCGUUCUGUAGAAUCCAGGAGAGGGGAAGGAUGCCUUUAUGCUGCACAUUGUCAUCGUUAAGGCUGAAGUGAUCAGUGGAGCGAAUUCGGGGAUCUACUUCCAGAUGUUAGCCUCGCACUCCUCACUUAACUUACAUCAUGGACCAUGGAAUCCGGCGGGGGGGGCUCAAAGUCAUGUGCACCUGUUUGCUUUUCAAACACUCAGGCAAAACCUUAUGCCGCUUCAGUUUUUCCAGCAGGUUUAUCUCCCGGCAUGUUGAGAUUUGGCUGAUGCUGCUCACGAUGUGACAUUAAAGGCACAGUCUAAAAAUACAGAUGUAAAAUCAUCACAUUCGGUGAAUAACCAAUACCUUUCGCUUCUAAAAAUAUUACAUUUUUAUUUUAAAAAAACAUGGAUAUAAUUCAGGCUUUUAUUGGUAAGGUUUUAUUGGUUCGGAUCAAAUAAGUAAUAUUUUUGUAGCAUUGUUAAUGAUGUUCCAGAAAUGACUCGAGUAUGAGCCUAGGAGGUUCCCAUGGAUGAAUCUGAGAGGCCAGUCAUUCUGUCUCC